UUCUCCUAUUGGAUGCACCGCAAUCAAUAGUGAAGAAAUCUAGUAGGAACUUUCAGCAAGCAAUUCUAGCAGCCAACAUGAAGCUCACAUGCAGUUUUGUGCUUACCGUGGCCCUCGUUGCCUCGCUCUGCACCGCCAGCCCACUUCUAAUCACCAAGCACGUGAUCAAGAAGGUGGUCAACAAGCAUUUCGAGCCGAAAACGGUCACAACGCACGCGGUCGUCUACACACCGGUCGUGGCACCGCCGCCACCGCCCGUCGUACUAGCAGCCGCGCCCGCUCACCAUCCAGCGGUCGGCUCACCCUCCGCCCUGCACACCAAGCUGACCAGCACGCUCGGGUCGUUGCUGAAGCAUCCGCUGCUGCAGCAUCCGUGGCUGGCCAAGUUCGUGCCGCUCGGCGGUGUGGUCGAGGUAGUGCGCAAGUUCAAGCCGGGCAGUGUAGUGGGCGCCUCCUAUCCGCCCGUCGUUCAGCAUCCCGUUCCGGAGGUGGACCUGCCGCACGAGGUUGAGGAGCACCAUACGGUGACGACCGUUGUGACCACUCCCGCUCCGGUGUACGGUUUGCCUGCUGCUGAACCUGCAGUUCCCGCUCCGGUGUACGGUUUGCCUGCUGCUGAACCUGUCGUUCCCGCUCCGGUGUACGGUUUGCCUGCUGCCGAACCUGUCGUUCCCGCUCCGGUGUACGGUGUGCCCGUUCCUGCUCCAGUCGUUCCCGCUCCAGUGUACGGUGUCCCUGCAGCGACCUACGGACUCCCGGCUACCGGUGAACAUUCAUCCGCUUCCUCCUCCUCAUCGAGCAGCAGCACAUCGUCCAGUGAUGGUGCGGCCAAAUACGUGGCCGUCAACCCAGGCGCACGCCACGAAGCGCCCCUCCCCGGCUACGACCAUUCGGUGGUGCUGGAAAACCUCGAACCAGCCCCGGGCACGGAGGGACUGACCAUGCUCGUCCCACCGGUCGUUUCGAACGAGCUGCACCACUGGAACCCCGAACCGGUUGUACUGCGGGGCGAGGACAUGCUGUCGUCCGACUAUCUGCGCAUGGCGCACGAUGUAGCGACGGGCGGCGCCGACGCCGCCGAGCCCGUUGAGGCACGGUACGUGGCGAUCAACAAUGGCGUGCGCCAUGAAGCGCCACUGCCCGGGUACGAUCGGUCGAUCGUGAUCGAAAACGCGGACACGGUUUAAGGACAAGGGGGUAGCUUUUAGUUAGCGCCAAAGAUCACACACACACACAUACGCACGUACGAUUAAGCGAUGUAAAUCUGUACAUCUGUCACUGGUUUUGUUUAAUAAACGCAAA